AUGUCGCUUUACAACAACUCUCUUCCCGCCACAACGACGAUGACAACUGCUGCUGGUACAAACGAAAUAAAAAUGGACGAGGCACAAGGAACAGYCGUGCUAGCCAUCAACGUUUGUUUYGGCUUUAUUGGGACUUUUGGAAACUUUCUGWUAAUCCUUGCCGUUCUGAAAACACCACAACUUCGUGAAAGACCAUCUAAUCGUCUUCUCUUGAGUUUGGCCAUAGCAGAUUUGAUAGUGACCAUGGUAGUACAGCCGUUAUGCACUGCUGCAACAGCUCUAAAAACUUUCCAGGAAAGAUGUGAUCUUACUCUUGAAAUGGUGUACAUGACUGCAGCACCAUUUUCCUGUAAAAGUUCAGUUUUACACCUGACAGCCAUCAGCAUUGAUCGAGUAAUUUCAGCAGCCAAACCUCAUCGUCACCGCGAAAUCAUGAAGAAAUGGGCCAAUAUAAUGUUGGUCAUUUGUUGGAGUACGGCUAUCAUAUUUGGAAGUUUAUUUGUAAAAUUCCCAGAAGUCAACAUUGCUAGUAUGGCCAUUAUCAUGCUGUGCGCUCUUGUCAUGAUCUCGUCGUAUGCUGUUAUCCUUUACAAAGUCAAAUAUUCUCCUAAAGUCAAUGUAACUGCAGCUUCRACGCAAAACAACAGCGCUUGCGAAAGAGCCAUGGAGAAUCGAGUUUCAGGGACRGUUGCUCUCAUAACCGUACUGUUUGCAGCCUUCUGGAUUCCUUUGGUUGGAUACAGCUUYGCGCAUCCUGAGGAGACGUUCAUUUGUCCGUCUGAUGUGAGAGCAAUUUGGAUCUUGACUUCGUUGUUUGCAAACUCUUCGAUAAAUUUCAUUGUCUACAGUUUCAAAAUCCGACAGUUCCGUGCAGCAUACWUGAAAAUAAUCGCUAGAAUGMUUCAACCAUUCAUGCAUGCUGUUGGGAAAUGCAUCCGCACAACUCCUGUGCCWCAAAACAUUAGUGUGACGCAAGCUAGUGCUGUUCCGGUAAGCUCUAAACUUUWAAUCUUAAGGACUGUAAAAACUAGUAAAAUAAGAGACAAGAAAUAA